UGAACUGUACAGAGAUUUUAUGACCAGGUUAACUAACGGUUACCUCGUCUCGCUGGAAGCGAAAUAUAAUUACAAAAAUAUGCGCGUGUGUUAACCAGAUAUAAAACAUUAGCAAUGCCACCGCUGAGUCGUGUUAUUCCCAAUGGAAACUGGACGAACUAACGUUAAAACGUUAGCUAGCUACAGACUUUACCUUAACUUUGCCUUAAAUGAUGUCUCGACACUUUUAAACCAACAAUGGCAAGUUUAGGCAGCUGAAGCUCUGCGGGGAGAAAAGUGACGGCUGACGGUAAAGGACAGUGGACUCUGGACAGGUAUGUCUCCUCGGCUGUUGUCGUGGUCGCUGCUGCUCUUCUGUCUGGAUGUGUUCAGACAUGAAGUUCCGGGGGCUCUGGCACACUCGGCACCCAGUGCUGCAAAAACUUUGGUGUGGGGACCCGGUCUGGAGGCAAACAUCGUCCUUCCAGCUCGAUUCUUCUACAUACAGGCGGUGGACAGCUCGGGGAGAAACUUAACAACAUCACCUGGUGAGAAGACCUUUGACGUGAAGAUUGUGUCUCCAGUGGAGCACUUCACCAGGAUUUGGAUCCAGGUCCUGGAUCGUCAGGAUGGCUCCUUCCUGGUUCGCUACAGAAUGUAUGCCACAUACACGGACCUCCACAUCCACAUCCUGCUCAAGAACAAGCACAUCGCAAAGUCACCAUUCAUUCUCACAGGCCCAGUUUAUCAUGAGGGCUGUGACUGUCCUCAGCCCACUGGUUCUGUGUGGGAAGCCCAAAUGCACUGUCCUCAGUCCUUCCCUCAGAUAGACAGGGACCUUUCCAUCUACGCAAGUGUCGACCCAGAUCGUAACGCGCAGGAGAUCCCACAGCGCUUCGGACAGAGACAAAGCCUCUGCCACUACACUAUUAAAAACAACAAGGUCUACGUUAAAACUUUUGGAGAGCAUGUGGGUUUCAGAAUCUUCAUGGACGCCAUCCUCCUGUCGCUCACCAGAAAGGUGCAGCUCCCUGACAUGGAGUUCUUCGUUAAUCUGGGCGACUGGCCAUUGGAGAAGAGAAAACCCACUGAGAAGAUUCAUCCCAUCUUUUCCUGGUGUGGCUCUAACAAUACCAGAGACAUAGUCAUGCCCACCUAUGACCUGACUGAGUCUGUCCUUGAGACCAUGGGAAGAGUAAGUUUGGACAUGAUGUCAGUGCAGGCCAACACAGGCCCACCAUGGCCAGAGAAGAACGCUACAGCCUUCUGGAGGGGCCGAGACAGUCGACAGGAACGUCUGGAGCUGGUCAAGCUUUCAAGGGCUCACCCCAACAUGAUAGACGCUGCCUUUACCAACUUCUUCUUCUUCCAACAUGAUGAGAGUCUCUAUGGGCCGCUGGUCAAACAUGUUUCUUUCUUUGACUUUUUCAAGUACAAGUACCAAAUAAACAUUGACGGCACUGUGGCAGCAUAUCGACUGCCUUACCUGUUGGCUGGAGACAGUGUGGUCCUAAAGCAGGACUCCGGUUACUACGAGCAUUUCUACAACGAACUUCGGCCGUGGGAGCACUACAUCCCAAUCAGGGCGGACCUGGGAGACCUGCUGGAAAAGAUCCAGUGGGCUCGUGAGCACGAUGAAGAGGCAAAGAAAAUUGCACUGGCGGGUCAGCAGUUUGCCCGCAAUAAUCUUAUGGGAAACAGUAUAUUCUGCUACUACUACAGACUUUUCCAGGAGUAUGCCAAACUCCAGGUCACAGAACCUAAGGUUCGUGAAGGCAUGGAGCUGGUGGAGCAGCCCAGUGAUGACCUGUUUCCAUGUUACUGCCACAGGAAAAAGGCAAAGGAUGAACUCUGAUUGACCUGUCAUCCAGUUACAGCACAAUCCUUCAUUGCUGAUAUACUGCCAAAUAAUAUUCAGAUUGUGAAAUGAUUGUAUGACUGUGAUAUGACUAUCACAUCUCGUUUUUAAAAUAAAUAUUUUUCUUUUUGUACGCUGAAA